AUGGAUGUUAGAGAACUGUCUUUCAAGGAAGUUCGUGAUGAUUUAAAUGAAUUACAACUUAUACCAUCAAACAAACUAUUUUGUGAUAUUAUGCCUAUUGAAUUGAUAAAUAUGAUAUUUAUUUGGUUGUCACUCAAUAAAAGAUGGUUACUUACUUUAUCAAAUAAUAAUUCAAUUAACUUUUGUGCAUCAAAAGCAUUAUUCAAAAAUUUUCAAUUGUUAAAUUGUUGCCAAAAUUUAAGAUGUUUUUUUGAAAAUUUUAAAGAUAUAAGCAGUUUUAAGAUGCUAAGCCAAUUACUAUCAGCAAGCCCAAAUAAAAUAGAAAAUACUCAUAUUUGUGUCGACAGUAUUCCUCUAAUAAGGGACAAACAUUUUGAAAAUAUUGAUAUGAUUCAAGAGCUGAUAUUAAGCAAUUUGAAAAGUUUGAAAAAUUUUACCAUUUGUUUGGGAUUUCAAUAUGAACACAAAAGGGAAAAAGAAAUUGCUUUAUCUAUAAAUUUAAAAAAAGUAAAAGUAUCAUAUUGCAGUGACAUUAAUGGUUCAAAUAAAACUGAUUGCUUUUACUCUGAUUGGGCUUACCAUGUUGAUAUGAAUUAUCAAAUUUAUGAUAAUUUUAUUGAAUUCAAUCUGAAUGGUUGUAAUUUACUUAAAUUUAAUGGAAGUAUAUUACAGUCAAAUUCAGAGACUAUUAAAAAACGAUUUUGGAGUAUUUUAGACAUUAUUGAUACACGGGUAAAUGCAAUUAAGAAAUGUGAUAAAUUGAAGAAUCUAAAAAAACUAUCAAUCAAACACAAAUAUUAA